GAUGCGGGUCGGUCGGUUGGGAGGGCUGUUCUCAUGUGACAGCUCCUAGAGCGAUAGAGAGAGAGAGAGAGAGAGAGAGACCCCGCUCUGCAAGCAAUGCCACUGGCAGUGAGGAGGAGGAGGAGGAGAGAUGGUCAAAUCGCAGCCGGUCAGUCCCCUGAGGAACCUGCUGGCCGGGGGAGUCGGUGGAGUGUGCUUGAUAGUUGCUGGUCAUCCCCUGGACACGAUCAAAGUCCGGUUACAGACCCAACCCAAGGCCCUUCCAGGCCAGGCCCUCCUCUACCAGGGGGCAAUUGAUUGCCUGAGGAAGACAGUUGCCAACGAGGGCCUCUUGGGGUUGUACAAAGGAAUGGGGACUCCCAUCCUUGCCAGCAUUCCAGUCACAGCCAUCAUGUUUUUCGGAUACGCCCUGGGAAAGAAACUGCAGCAGAAACAUCCUGAGGAGUCCCUCUCGAGAGUCCAGGUGUUCAGGGCGGGAAUGGUCGCCGGCGGCUUCACCACCUUCAUCCUGGGUCCGGUGGAGAGGAUCAAGUGCCUGCUGCAGAUCCAGGCAAGCUCUGGUGAGAGGUUGUAUACAGGCCCAAGUGACUGCGUUAAGCAACUAUACAAAAGAUCGGGCCUCGUGGGAAUCUACAAGGGCACAGUACUGACUUUUCUCAGAGAUGUGCCAGCGAGCGGAGUUUACUUCCUGAGCUACGAGUGGCUGAAGGAUGUCCUGACCCCCAAAGGUGAAAGCGUGGGAGAGCUGAGCAGUGCGAGGAUCCUGGUCGCUGGAGGAUUGGCCGGAGUUUGCAACUGGAUGGUAGCCAUCCCCACAGAUGUGCUGAAAUCCCGUUUCCAGACCGGUGAGUCAGGGAGGGUGGGGGAAGGGGGGGAACCAUGCCGGCAAGCCCCCUCGGACCCCCGCUCGCUGUGA